UCAGCCUAUGGUACACUGGAGUCGGUCUCUCACCAGACCAUUGUUGAGGAGCACAGUUGCAGCGUGGACGCAAAUAGGAAGGAAAUCAACAACUUGUUGGAAGUUUAUUUUGAAGGACUUCCCUGAAGCCUGUUGUUGACUGAGCGCCAGGACCUGGGGUUAAAAAUAAGAAUUUGGUCAUGGCCCCGCUAUGAGGUUCAGUCUCAAGCUGAGGUCUGGGAUCAAACCAGCAAGCAGGUGGGAGCUGACACUCCAGUAGGCAGUGCCGGAGGACGCCGACAUGGCCGCCCCCCCACCUCCGCCGCAACCACCCCCUCCUCCCAGUGCUCCACCUGUACAGGCUACAGCCGAGGCUCCCAAGUGCGACAAUGGCGGCAGGAACGCUCUGCUGGCUGACAUCCAGAAGGGAACCCGGCUGAGAAAAGUCAUGCAGGUCAAUGACCGAAGUUCUCCGGCCUUGGAAAAGCCCAAGGCGGCGAGUGCGGGUGUCUCCAACAACGUCGGGGCCUCUCAGGGUCCAUGUGCAGGUGGGGCCCCUCCGGCCCCGUCCCUCGGCGGGCUUUUUGCUGGCGGCUUCCCCACACUCAGGCCCAUAAAGAAACGUGACGUGGUGGCCAGGACCUCAGUGUACCGCUCCAGCUCAUCGGCCUCCCUCAAGCCUUUGUGGACCACGCCCACUUUUCCCGACCGUCCACCCGCCGCCUCCUCUUCCGCCCCGCCCUCGCCCACCCACGGCGCCAGGCACCUGGCCCCGCCUCCCGCUGCCUCUGCUCCUCCACCGCUGCCGCCGCCCUUCCAGGACCGCCCGACGAGCAAGCCUCCGCCUCUUCCCUCCUGCCCUCCUCCUCCGCCUCCCCCGUCCCACCUCACCAAGCCCACCUGGCUGCCCAUCCAGCAGCACCAACACUUCGCCCACUUGCAGCCGUCGACUCCGCCCCCGCCUCCACCGUACCACCCUCCAUCUCUACCGGGGGACCGCUCCUCUUGGUGCUCCUACCCUCCACCUCCCCCUAUAGUGUGCACCCACACGGCUCGGUUCCCCAUCCUGCGCGACUACAACCCGCUCGGAGCUCCGCCCCCUCCGCCACCGCUACCUGCUUCUUACACCCCCAGCUGUCUGCCCGCUCAGCCGCCGCCCCCGCCCAAGACCCCCGCUGUCCCGUCACCGGCACUGCGCUUCCCGCCGGCGUCGUACCCCUGCAACGCCCCGACCCGACGGCCGCCCGCCGUGCCGAGAAGCGCAGCAGCUGCCAGUCGCCUGGCUCCGCCCCCGGUCCCUCCAGCGCGCUCCUCGUCCACUGAGCUGUCUGCCCGCAUUCCUCCUCCUCCUCCUCCUCCUCCUCCUCCACCUCCGCCCCUACCCCCGUCAAGUGUCAGGAACGGACACCUGCACAGUCUGGAUGACUUUGAGUCCAAGUUCCAGUUCCACCCCGUAGAAGAUCUACCUCCUCCCGAUGAAUUCAAGCCUUUUCCUCGCAUCUACCCCAGCAAAGAAAACCCAGUUAACUCCGCCCCCCACGGGAUCAGGCCACACCUCAGAUGAGCCCACGCAAGUUCACAUUGCAAAGACAAUAGCAAGAUUCAGAGAGGAAUGUUUUCAAUUUGUGAGAGAGAGGACUCUCCCUACUCAGCCACUACAUCGCUGCCGUUUGCUUGUUGUAUCACUCUUAAAGUAAACCUGUUUGUGUGUAUAUAUAUAUAUAAAUACAUAUACACAUAUAAAUAUAUAUAUAUACAUUAUAUGUAUAUACGUGUGUAUAUAUGUUUAUAUAUAUGCAUGAUUAUAUGUAUAUAUACAUAAUGUAUACAUACAUAUAUAUAUAUGUGAACAUACAUAUAAGUAUAUAUGUACAUAUGAUAUAUAUGUAUAUAUAUACAUAUAUACUGUAUAUAUCUACAUAUAUACACAGAUAUAUGUAUAUAAAUAUGAUCAUAUGUAUAUAUACACAUAUACCGUAUAUAUGUAUAUAUAUACACAAAUAUAUAUAUAUAUACUUACAUGUCUUAUUUCUAACUCUGAAUAUGUUAAUAAACAUAUUGAUCUACUCAGAAUGUGUUUUAUUUUGGGCAAAAAAAUAAUAAUUAAUAGAGUAACUGUGAAUAAUAAA